CAAGACCAAAUACAAAGGGACAUCUGGUGAGGGGGGAGAGCGUAGAACCUGUGUGUUCUUAGUGCCAGAUGAAAAACUUGAGAUAGGAUUGACAUUUUCCACCGCGAAAAGGAUGGCUUACCUAUCACAGGAUGAGGAUGAAAGAGAUUUUAUGUCCUAUGCUGCGAGCAUGUUGCAGAUCAUAUUCCCUGAUCUCAAGAAAGUGAUAACUAAAUUCUUAUCUGAGAAGGGCAUAGAUAUCAAGCCAGUGAAGAUCCCAUCUGAGUCUCACCAUCCAUCUGUGGAGUUUGACCCUGAUAAAGACAUGAGGUGGACGGCGGUUCUUGUGCAAGGAGCUUGCCUCAUUCUCGUGGUUUUCAAAACAGCAUCUGAAGAAAACUAUAUGCCUUAUAUGGCCACGAGACUUAAAGCUUUGAAGUCUAAGGUUGGAACGCAGGAGGACAUAGAGUCACCUUUUGACCUACGUGGAGCACAGAUGGUCAGGACCUGUUUAGGAGCAAGCAGUGAUCUGAAAAGAGCGAUCAUAAACCAGGUUAUCAACAGUAUCAACAGUGAUGGCAUGAUGGCUGAUGUCAUGGCCUAUGUCUUCUCUAUGCUGGAGUACAAUGAGAUGAACUCAUUCAUGUUCAUUUACGAGACGAUUCUGAUCACCAAAUCAAGCAUCUUAAAGAGGCCAGAGAUUCAACAUGAAGUGGAGUUGCUCACUGAUGCCAUGGUCAAGAUCGGAGAGUGUGACCACCCUCAGUUUGCCAGAUACCUUCUUCACUCUGCAUAUCAGACAUACUUGGAGAGAUCAAAGUUCCCCAUCCUUUUUGCUGUGGCCUGUAAGCUCAAGGAACUGGCGCAUAAAGUUGAGUCUAUCAAGCAAUUCGUUGUCCCUGAUAUUGCCAGCUCCUCUCUGGUAACUGACCUGGUGAAAGAGCACCAGGAGUUCUUGAAAUCAGGGAAGUCAAACAUUCUUAAGAGGCACAUCUCAUUCCUUACCGACCAUCUGGAAGAUGCAUUUGAGGAAGACAGCACUGAUGAUGACAGUGAGUAGUGCACUGGAAGUUGUUCUUUUCCAUUUUAGUUUUUUGGUGUUUUGGAUAGGCUCUACUUGAUAGGCCAAAUGCUCUCAUGUUAUCUUUAUGGUUUUGCUACUAAGAAGAAGAAAAAAAAAGAUUUUUACGAGGGUUGUAGCAUUUUGGAGGUGAAUAGCUCACACCUGAC